GCAACCAACUCCAAGGCGCUUUGCGGGACUCCACAGCCGAACAUGGGGUUCAGUUUUGUCACCGUCUGCGUGGAGGAACUUUGAAGAAAAGUAUGUAAAAGAAGAUAAAAGAGAAAAAAAAAGUUGUUGAAGAAGGACAAUGCGUCGGUUUCUCUGAAGAAUCCAAUCAUCUUCAUCCGAGCGCGCUUGCCAAAAAAGUAGAGGAAAAAAAAAAAAAAAAAACGAGAGACGAGGAGGCUUAGCUGGAAACUUUCACAGUCCUUGGACCCUCUGAGCUCUUCCAAGGACUCUGGGAAUCCAGUCAAGGAGUUUCAUGCUGAAUAUUCCAGCGUUAACCUGAGGUCCAGGCUGUAAGGGGAGCAGUAGGUCCCGGAGUUCUAAUGCCAGUGGACAUGCAGCCACACCAGGGGCUGUAUUACUAUGAGACCUCACCCAGUCACCCCUCUAGAGGCCUUGUCACAUCAGACCAGUCACCCUACAGCGAUGUGUCUUCGCUGCGAGCCCCACUCCUUGACUGCUCUCCCCAAGACUGCCAUGCUAUGUAUAAUCCCAUGACUCCCAGCAUGACUCAUGGAUCGGGACCAGGGCAGGGGAAUGGCCACUGCUUGGAUCAGUAUAUGAGGCCUCCUCAGGCCCCUCCACCACACAGUCUGAUGGGCCACAGAGGCAUGCCGCCCACAGAGGGUGGCAAUGGCACCCCCUACUGCAACCAGAACAUGAUGCCAUCACAUCACAACUUCUGCCAGGUUCAGCCUGGCUCUGAUCAGAUUGGGUCAGGUGAUGGUUCGAGAUUCUCCACACCUCGCUCUAUGCUGAAGUUGAGUAAAAAGAGAGCUCUGUCCAUCUCACCCCUGUCUGAUGCCAGUGUAGACCUGCAGACGGUCAUCCGGACUUCACCCAACUCCCUGGUGGCCUUUGUUAACUCUCGCUGCAACCCCAACGGUGCCAGCUCCUAUGGUCAUCUCUCUGUGAGCGCCAUGAGUCCAUCACUGGGUUAUUCCAGCAACAUCAAUUGUCAGUCCAGACAACAAGGGUCCAUGUAUGGAGGAAAUGGGGGGACACCUUUGGGUGGCCACACACCAGGUCCCUGCCAAGCUUCACGCUUACCACCCCACAAUCCUCGUCUCCAUGUGCCACCUAAGCAUGGACACCAGCUGAAGACAGAACCAGGACUGGGAGGUGUGAUGGAUGGCAUUAAUGUGAAGAGCCUGGAGGAGAGGUCGGAGGGAGAUGUAGCCAGUCCAUCCUCUACUGGCACACAGGACCCUUUGUUGGGCCUCCUGGAUGGUAGAGAUGACUUGGACAAGGAGGAUGGAAAGCCUGAAGCUGAGGCCAUCUAUGAGACUAACUGUCACUGGGAGAGCUGCAACAAGGAAUUUGACACUCAAGACCAGCUAGUUCAUCACAUCAACAAUGAACACAUCCACGGAGAGAAGAAGGAGUUUGUGUGUCACUGGCAGGACUGCUCUCGAGAACAGAGACCUUUCAAAGCUCAGUACAUGCUGGUGGUUCACAUGCGCAGACACACAGGAGAGAAGCCACACAAGUGCACUUUUGAAGGCUGUAAUAAGGCCUACUCUCGCCUGGAGAAUUUGAAGACCCACUUGCGCUCCCAUACUGGUGAGAAACCAUAUGUGUGUGAACAUGAAGGCUGCAACAAAGCCUUCUCCAAUGCUUCGGACCGGGCAAAGCAUCAGAACCGAACUCAUUCCAAUGAGAAACCUUAUGUCUGUAAGAUUCCUGGUUGCACUAAGCGAUACACAGAUCCAAGCUCUCUACGUAAACACGUUAAGACUGUACACGGCCCUGAAGCCCAUAUCACGAAGAAACACCGUGGAGACACAGGCCCCCGACCCCCUGGAUCAGCUAUGAUCCCUGGAGGCCCAAACUCAGAACUGCUGCAGGAGAAAGAGGAGACACGCAGAGAAGACUGCAAGCUGUUGGCUCCUGAGACUGCUCUGAAGUCACAGCCAAGCCCCGGUGGCCAGUCAUCUUGCAGCAGUGAACGUUCUCCACUGGGGAGCACAAACAACAAUGACAGCGGUGUGGAAAUGAACCUUAAUGCAGCGGGCAGCUUGGAAGAUCUCACAGCAUUGGAAGAUGGAGGUGCAGGAGGAGGAGGCGGAGGGGAACCAGGAACAAUGGGGAUGUCAGCACAGGCUCUGAAGAGGCUGGAGAAUCUGAAGAUUGAUAAAUUGAAACAAAUUCGCAGGCCCACCCCUCCUGGUCGCUGUGCAGGCAACAAACUUCCUGCCAUUCCUGGUCCAGGGGAGAACAUGGGAAUGUGUGCACCUUCCCCACUUCUCUCAAAUCGGCGUGUUAUGGAGCUGUCCAACCAUGAGCUUGGAGGGGGAUCGAUUGCCUGCUCCACUAACGAUAGAAGAGGAAGUGGCACGAGCAGCCUAAGCUCUGCCUACACUGUAAGCCGUCGUUCCUCUAUGGUGUCUCCUUACCUGUCAAGCAGACGCUCUAGUGAGGUCUCACAAAUGGGAGGAACAGCAGGAGGAGGAUGUCAUCUUUUGAGCCUGGAACAAACUGGGGGAGACCCCCUCUCACCUGAGACCAGUCGGAGAGGACCUCCAUGUCCUGGAGGAGGAGGUUUACCAGGUCUUCCUAAUUUAACACCUGCGCAGCAGUAUAGUCUAAAGGCCAAAUAUGCGGCAGCCACUGGAGGACCACCACCUACUCCUUUACCUAAUAUGGAGCAGCCAGGUACUCCUGGCAGAAGAGCAGGUGUUUUAAGUGAGUACCAGGGGCAACCCCUGCCUCCUUUUCUUCAGCAAGGUGGUCCUCGUAGGCACAGUGCCAACACAGAAUAUGGCACAGGUGUAAUCUACCCUCACCAGGCUUCAGGUAACAACACGAGGCGAGCCAGUGAUCCAGUUCGUUCAGCAGCAGAUCCACAAGCUCUUCCCAAACGAUUCAAUAGCCUUAAUAAUGUAGCCAUGAUGGGCCGCAGGAAUGCACUCCAACACCGUGGCUCUGACACCAGUCUUGCCCGCCACAUGUACUCCCCUCGUCCUCCUAGUAUUACAGAGAAUGUCAUGAUGGAAGCUAUGGGUAUGGAGCACCAUCUCACCCCUGUUGACACCAGGGAUCGUGCCAUGAUGAUAACCCCUGGAGAGAGAAACUUCAUGGGCUACCAGCAACAGAAUCAGACCCUUGCAGGUGGAGGCCCUGUUUCAAACCAACUGUCCCCAAGGCAUGACUCUCUGAGCUGUCCAGACCCAGUUUACAUGCAGCAGCACUACCCAGGCCAAGGAACAGAAGUCACUUCUAGGGCUGGUGGAAAUCCAAUGGGGCAGAGAAGGCCUACUCAGCCAGAGGGCAUGUCAAAUGCACUUAUCCAACAGGCUGAGUACAGUAUGAGCACCUGCCAGCUCAGUCCUUCAGGCCCCCACUACCCUAAUGUAGGCCAAGGUGGUGACACUGGAGGCCCCUGGAAUGACACCCACAAUCAAGUCCAAACUUCCAACCAUGCUCUUCAGAACCAGAGAGUAAUGCAGUUUUCAGAUCCGAGUCUGCAGCCUCAGCAGACACAGGCCCACUUCAAUGAUCAAACAGCCCUUUACAACAGUUCUGAUGGAACUCACAAGCUCAUUAUCAAGCCCGAGCACCAGUUUCACCAUGGGAUGGGUGGUGGAAAUGCCUGUCAAAGUGCUAAGCUCCAUCAGCAACGGAUGCUUCUACAGCAGACACGGGGUUACCCACAACAGACGGGCCAGGUAUUGAUGAGGAACUCCAACAAUCCCAGCUGUAAUUUUCAAGGGCAAAACUCUUUCCCCAGUGAAGGUGGGUUGAGCUUAGGCUGCACUGGCUCUACUCUGUCUGAUGGCCAGAGAUCAGAAACCCCAAUGAUCCAGGUGAAGGAGAUGAUGGUGAGGAAUUAUGUGCAGUCCCAGCAAGCACUCAUGUGGGAACAGCAACAAGAACAGCAGCAAAGUGGAGUUAAACCGCCUCCUCUUUCUGACAACAUGGAUCUUGGUGCUCAGACAGCAGCAAUGCAACAUAGCCCACAAAACCAGAGCCUUUAUUCCAGCCAGACGUAUCCAUCCUAUCCCAACCAGAAUCUGGUCAUGAGUCCCAGUGCCCACAGCCAAGCAACCAGCUCAGUGACACCUAAAGACCAACAACUCACAGCUCUCCAAGGUGCAUGCUAUAAUCAGGAGAUGGUGGUCCCCAGGCCCCCUCAGGGACGGAAACCUCUCAGUCGCCAGAACAGCCUGUCACAGGUUGGAGGAGGCUACCUUGGCAGCCCACCUCACCUCAGCCCCGUCCACUCUACUUCCAGCCCUAGACGAGGGGUUCGUCUUCCUCCAGUCCAGCAUCCACAGCACCCUCAAAAUGAAAUGUUCUCUCCCUCCAACAACAACAACAACAUGUACUACUCUGGACAGAUAAACAUGGACAUAGAGAAGCACAUGGACCCCCAGAAUGGGCCUUGCCUUAGCCAGCAGCACAGUAUGGGUUCCAAUCUGGAUCCAACAGGUGGUGUAAAGUCUGCCCCCAUGGCUCCCUAUCCAGAGUCUGGCCCCAUUUCAAAUGCCUUAGAAAACCUUGACUUGGACAAUGCUCGUAUAGACUUCACUUCAAUUAUCGAUGAUGCUGAUUCUUCCUCAUUUAGUCCAGUCAACAAUCCUCUUCAGGGUCAGCCUGGGACAACUUCUCAAGCCUCCUCUCGCCUCACCACCCCACAAACUUCUGUCAGCCUUGCUCCAGGUUCUGGCCUGUCAAACAUGGCUGUGGGUGACAUGACUUCCAUGCUUACCUCACUGGCUGGGGAGAAUAAGUACCUUAACACUUUAUCUUAAAGUACUCUUGGGCAGCUAAACAUACAUUCAGACUAACAAUCAUUGGCUUUGGCCUUGCCUAGGGUCUAAAAAGUCUGUUCUGUUGCUUAGAGGGGUUUCUCCUUGUAUUUGCAAUAAAGAGACAGAAAACCUUUGAAUGGAACAUUUCACAAAUCAGUAAUGUACAUUAUGUACUGUUUUUUCUACAUAAGACCCAAAUGCCUUUAUGCAUAAAGCCCAACCUGCCAGGAUCCUAAACUACCAAGGGAUAUGUAGCUUACUGUAGACCCAUGUAAAAGGGAUCGCUAUGUUUUGGUUAAAAGUUGAGACCAAGAUACUCUACGGUCUCUUCAAAGGUUUAAAAAAUUAAAAACCUUAAAACCAAAGGUACCUGAUUACCCCUCCCCUAUUUCUGAAUUUCACCCCUGCUGCUUUGGUACUUUUUUCCCCCUUGUGCCUUAGUGUGAGACACAAAACCAUUUGCCUUUUACGUAAUGACAAUGCUGAACUUUUUUGCUGAACAGGUGUUCCUUUUACAAAGGGCUUUGUCAACAGUGGAGCAGAGAAGUAUACAUGUAAAUAAGUUUUAUAUAUAUACAGAAUGUAGAGUACAUGACAAUGAGACUUUGGACAGUUAUCCUGUCUUUUGAUAGUCUGCUUGAAUUCUGAAGCCUGCUGUUCGAGGGCUGAGAUGUUUGUUCAAACGGUUGUUUGAAGAACUGAGAAAGGUAUGCUUUUAGCGAUUGAAAAAAUAUUUUCCUGAGCGACUAAAUAUUUUUCAGUAUUGCUCGGGAUUUCCUCUUUUUCAGGAUCAACACAAUCUGUACAAAUGGCCUAUCAGUAUUUCUACAAAUACACAAAUGCAGAGCAAUCACAGACAUUGUAUCCUAACACUUGUGCCUACACACACGCACACUCAGGACUUGUUUUGAAUCUUUGGUAUUCACAUUACAUGUAUUUUGUUCUUGCCUUUCCAGAUAGAGAGUUUGCACUCCACGUGUUUACUAAAAGUAUUCCUAAAGCAACUUAAUUUUUUCAGUUGUGUUUGUAAGGAGUGUGCCUACCCCUUCUAAGGUACAUAAAAUGAGCAAAGCUCAAGUAUAAUAUGUAUCAAUAUUCAUCUCCAAAUGGCGGUAUGUAUGUCUUCAACAUACUGCCUUGCUUAAAAUGAACCCAAACUGACCCAUACAUGACUCUACUGAGGAUGGUUAUUGAAGCUAUUGAAUGAUAUCUAACUCAGCUGGUUUGUGCCUGUUGACAUGCAGUAGUUUCCUACAGUUUAGAAAGUGAGGAACAUUCAUAGUGCAGUGCUUCUGCACUGGCUCUAAUCCCAAAGAGGAGUUAUAUGGAAAAUUUUGUAUAACUAAUUCAGGAGAGGGGAUCAAGAAGUGCGAAUUUGAUCAGUGACUACCACUGUAGUAAAAUAUGUUUUGUUUUAGGUACAGAGCAGUACUUUGUACAACUAUUGAGCUGUAUCCCAGGAAGUAAGCUGCAGCUCUUUGUAGGAGAACUAAUUGUAUACUGUGGCUUUGCACUGACUUCAGCACUAUGUGGAAAGAUCUCUGUCUCUUACAACUAUUCAUGCAAACCUCAUUUUGAUAACAAUACAUAAUUUAUACAGUAAUUUUUUAGACAGUUACUAAAAAAAACAUCUGAGCAUGCCUGCGCUCAGUGGGGUCACAUUAAAGUUUUACUUUAGCAUUUCAUGGGACUCAUCAGCAUAACAUAAUAGUAUCACUUCAGUGUUUGCCAAGUAUUAGCACAAAUGAACAUUUCUUCAUUUCUGAACCUGUGCACAACCUACCAAAGACAUCUUAAAGUGACUGAGGAACAGAUGCACAAUUAGAGUAUUAUAACUCAACACUAACACUAGCAAUAAGUACGUGAAUAUUGACUGUUAGUGCUGUUAUUUAGAAUGUAUGAGAUGUUUUGUACAAAUUCUUUUAUAUUAAUGAACUUUAUGGAUGUUGCAGUCUGUGUGUGUAUGUUUUGUAACUGUCAUCCUUCAUUCUGACUUGGACUUGGACUUUUUUGCUGGCAAAAGAAUAUCACCUUUAGCGACAUAAAAAGCUAUAAUGGUAGCGAUAACUAUAAUAGAUCAAAGUGAAGUGUUAUAUUUUGUGUACAAUUUUCUACAUUUUUAUACAUAUGUGCUAUAUUUUACCAUUUUAUGAAUAAACGUGCAGUUUGAGAUGGAUUCAGAAUGUUUGUCACAUUUUUCUUAGCCGCUUAGAUUGUCAGAACUUCACAAAACCUUUGUGUGGUACUAUGCAAGCUGAUUUAAUAACCUAUAAAGAGGCAUAUUUUAGGCUGUGAUGAUAUUAUUGUAAUUAUUAGAUAAAGAUUUUAAUAAUCCUAACAUGUUUCCUUAUAAAUAUAAGUGCAUAGUAUAUCUGCUCUUGCUGGAAGACUUGUUUCUAUGCCUGAUGGCCUAAUGCAGUAACUCCUUUCAUCCCAUAGAGUGCAGUACAGCCUGUGAACAUGCAUGCAUAGACUUCAGUUUGACAUACCACGGAUGUAUCUCUGGAGGAAUUACAUAAAUGUUACAUUCUUUUUCUGCAUAGACAGUCACUCCUGACAGUUAAACUGCAUUAAUUUUACACAAUUUCUCCCUGAGAUUAUUUAAAAGUCUAUCCAAAUGACCAAGAAUAAAGCACGU